AUGGCAGAGAAUGGCAUGAACUCCGUCAACGUCGACUCUAUGGAGGAAGCCCUACACCGGCUCUCCAAGAAGCCCGGCGUCAAGGCCUGGCUCAUGCUCGACCGAACCAACGGAGCCGUGCUCAAGACCAACGGACAGAUCGCCGCCGUCCGACCCGUACGAUCCAUCAAGCCCGAAACCGCGUUGCCUAUGCCCACCAGCGGGUCCUUUUCGACAGACGUCAAUGUCAACACGAACAACGAGACACAGGCCGCCCAGGAGCUUGCCAGCAUGGUAUGGAGCUUUCUCAGCACAGCAGGGAGCUUGGUAGACGAGAUGGACAGCGAGGACGAGCUGAAGCUGCUGCGCUUACGGACGAAGAAGCAAGAGUUCGUCAUUGUGCCCGAGCCGAAAUACCUGCUGGUCGUCAUCCAUGACACGCCUCCAGCAUGA